AUGACUGGAAUUCAAGUUGGUGCUAAAAUCAAGAACUCUAGCGACGACAAGCUCAAGAACAUGAUCAAGAUUGGUUACAUCCCACGAGACUUUGACGAUCCCUUAUACAAAGCUGAAGUGUCUCGCGAACAACAAAAUGGGUUUGCCCCGUAUUUUUUUGGUAACGAUGAGGUGAACGCUAUUAUCACUUAUUUCGGUCAGAUUCAGUCAGAAAGCGACCUUCGACGGAUCAUCAAAGGCGAGGCACUUGCAGGCCAGUUGGCGCGCUUGAUGGAAACAAUUGAGACAUUCAGAUCAGGUCCCAUGUGGAGUGGCACGGAUAGUGGGGUCGAAAUACCAGAACACAAGCAGACCGAAAAUUUACUUGAUGAUGCAUCUAGACGCAACAAUACAAGACAACUAGAAUCGUCCACACCUGCCAAGCGGACCCGUAACAACACAACUGCGAAUCAUGAGACCAAAGAAACGCAAUCUGAGCCACCAAUACAUACACCCAACGAAAAGAGGCCACGGAAGAAUGCGGUGUCGCCUGAGGUUCUCAGACAGCAACAGGAAUCGGCAGCUGAGCGACAACGUAUGAAAGAGGAGAAGUCGGAGAAACAAAGAGUCGAGAAAGAGAACAAGGCAAGGAGACUGGCAGCGCAGGCGCAAAUUAUGUCGGACGUGAAGAAAGAGUACGGUUGGAUUUAG